AUGCGGCGUCAGCAGUGUUCAACUACUCUGCAUACUUUUGCGCUACAGUGCUUCUUCAUUUUCAACAGCAUUUGUGCGUACCAAAUAGAUUCCAACGGGUAUAUUGUCUACUGUCCAUGCAUGGGAAGAUUUGGAAACCAAGUGGAUCAUUUUCUGGGCGUACUUUCUUUUGCUCGUCUGCUGAAUCGUACACUCAUCUUGCCUCCUUGGGUGGAAUAUGAAUACCGAAAUCCUCGAUCAAUACAAGUGCCGUUUGAUCGUUAUUUCCUUGUUCAUCCAUUAGAAGCGUAUCACCGAGUUAUCACCAUGAAGGAAUUCAUGGAGAACCUAGCAGAGACUGUCUGGCCGAAACAUGAACGGAAAGUAAUCUGCCAUUCGCCUCAUGAUGGCCCGAUCAAGAACAGUUGCAAUGCUAAACAUGGAAAUCCGUUUGAGUCGUUUUGGGAUACGCAUGAUAUCGAUUUUGUUGAGUCAGUGUUUUACCAUCCUCUUUCUGUGCUGAUCACAGCAAAGCGAGAUGUGCAAAAGUGGAUUGAAAGAUUCGAUGCUGUCAACUUCAAAGUGCUUGCAUUCACCGGUGCACCGGCGGCAUUUCCAGUGCAAGAAAAACACGUUGGCUUACAGAAAUUCCUGAAAUGGUCUUAUUAUAUCGAAAGACAAGCAAAUGAAUUCAUACUUAACGAACUUAUGAAUGAAAGUUUCAUUGGUGUUCACCUCAGGAAUGAUCGCGAUUGGAAUAAUGUUUGUCAAAAGAUUUAUCCUUCGAGUCACUUGUUUGCCUCGGCGCAAUGUCUUGGAUAUCAUUUCGAACACGGGAGUCUUACUAAAGAAAUUUGCUUGCCCUCGGAAAGAACUAUAGUCAGACAACUGAAAGAAGCGGUGAAGCGUACCGGUGUUCGGUAUGUGUUCGUUGCGUCGGACAAAGACCACAUGAUUGAAGCUUUCAAUCAGGCACUACUUCCGCUGAAAGCAAAAGCUUACAGGCGAUAUCCUGAUGAACCUCAUGUAAGCUUAUGUAUACUGGCGAAAGCGAAUCACUUCAUAGGAAAUUGUGUGUCGACAUUUUCGGCGUUUGUCAAGAGAGAACGAGAUGUAUACCAUAAAAUUUCGCAGUUCUGGGGAAUGGACGUGGGACCAGAAGCCAAGCAAGACUUGUAA